AUUCCAUUCUCUCAUACUGCUAAGUCCUCACGACCAACAUGGGGACCACAGGGCUCCAAUACACAGCAUGGUUCCUCUACCUGAUGCUGAUUGUCCGCUCACAGACCCAGACUGUUACAAUUAUUCCUUCUCUAAACACAAUGAGUCGGAAUUCGGCUAACUUGUCUCACAUUGGCCGUGUUUGUACUACAUGGGGAUCAAACCAUUGGAAGACCUUUGAUGGAAAUUUCUUCCAGUUGGCCUCCACCUGUAACCAUGUGCUGGUGUCACAAUGUAAAGGCAGCUAUGAAAACUUUUUAAUCCAAAUGAGACGCAAAACAGUCAAAGGUGUCCCCACAAUCAACAACAUCAUGAUGAAGCUGGAAGGUUCUGUGGUGGAGAUUACAAGCAGUUCAGUGAUUGUCAAUGGGCAGAUAGUUUCUUUACCCUUUACUGGAUUUGGGUUGACUGUCAAAGUGUCCACAUCCAGUAUAACUGUGGACUCUAAGCUGGGAAUCAGAGCUAUUUGGAAUUUGGACGACUCCCUGGAUAUGGAAAUAGACAGCAAAUACCAGAAUGAGACAUGUGGACUCUGUGGAAACUUUGAUGGUGUACCCAAUGAUCUCACUGUGGACGGAGCUGAGCUGUCUGUGAUUGACUACGCUGAGAACAACAAGGUGAAUGGGCCAACGGAGGUCUGUGAGGAAACUGAGCUCACACCUGUUCUGAGCUGUGGCGAUAAGAUAUUCUGUGAAGACAUCUUCAACAGUGCUCCAUUCAGCAGUUGCCAAAACCUUUUGGAUGUUGAGUCCUUCAGCAAAGCUUGCAUGGCUGACACAUGCAUCUCUAACAACAACACAGACUCUGUUCUCUGCCAAACCAUCUCAGAAUUCUCCAGACAGUGUGUCCAUGCAGGAGGGAAGCCCAAACAAUGGAGGAAUGCCACCUUUUGCUUCAGACCAUGUCCAUAUAACAUGGAGUUCCUGGAAUGCAGCAGUUCCUGUGCUGACACCUGCUCCACCCCUCAGGCUAGUCAGACAUGUGACAGUCACUGCCAUGACGGCUGCAGCUGCCCUGCUGGAACAGUCUUUGAUGACAUCAGCAUGUCUGGUUGUAUUGCACUGGAUCAGUGUCCAUGCCAGCACAACAGCAACGUGUACAAACCAGGAGAGUCAUACUCGUACAGCUGUAAAUCCUGUCUGUGUGACAGUGGCCAGUGGACAUGUGAGGAGGCCAACUGCCCAGGAACCUGUUCUGUAGAAGGAGGAGCUCACGUUCGCACCUUUGAUGGAAAGGUGUUCACGUUCCAUGGAGACUGCUCCUACGUUUUGGCCAAGGACAGCGGUGGCUCCUCAUACACUGUGCUUGUUGAUCUAGUGAAAUGUGGCCUCACUGAAAGCAGAACCUGCCUCAGGGCUGUGACUGUGGCCUUAUAUAACAGUUCUGUGGUUGUUAAAAUCCAGGGAUCUGGGCAGGUCUAUGUGAACCAGAUUCUCUCUCAGCUUCCAUUAUUUACACAGGAGCUAAGUCUCUUUAAGCCAUCUUCCUUUUACAUCCUGCUCAGCACCAAGGAGGGCUUACAAGUGAUGGUUCAGCUGUCUCCCAUGAUGCAAGUCUUCAUUACAGCUGAUGCAUCACUCAGUGGAACUACAGCUGGUUUAUGUGGGAACUUUAACAACAUAAUGGCUGAUGACUUUAGGGUGAUAAGUGGGUUAGUGGAGGGAACUGCUGCAGCUUUUGCCAACACUUGGAAAACCAGAGCCUGCUGCCCUGAUGUUACUACAAGCUUUGACCAUCCAUGUAGCCAGGGCAUCACCAAAGAAAGUUAUGCCCAGUAUUGGUGCUCAAAACUUACUGAUCCCACAGGAGUGUUUGCAUCCUGCCACUCUGUCAUUAGCCCCAAAACCUACAAAGAUAACUGCAUGUAUGACAGCUGUAACUGUGAGAAAAGUGAAGACUGCAUGUGUGCUGCAGUCGCCUCCUAUGUCUACGCCUGUUCAUCAGCAGGAGUUCAGAUCAGUGGCUGGAGAGAAACCAUCUGUGAGAAACUGAUGGAUUCAUGUCCAGCAGAAACAGUGUACGAGUACAAGAUGACCUGCUGUGGUCGUACCUGUCGAUCCCUUAGUCAGGCUGACUACUCCUGCCAAGUCAACUUCACCGCAGUUGAUGGAUGUGGCUGUGCUGAAGGAACCUACAUGGAUGAAGAAGGGAAAUGUGUGUCCAGCGCACUGUGUCCAUGCUAUGAUAAAGACACCAUUGUUCCAGCUGGACAGGCCGUCAGCAGAGAUGGCACCACAUGUGUCUGCAGACAAGGAUCUCUCAGCUGCUCAGGAGGAACACAAUUACUCUCUGUUCCAUUGUGUGUGGCCCCCAUGCUUUAUUUUGACUGCUCCUCCUCGCAACCUGGGGCAACUGGGACUGAAUGUCAGAAAAGCUGCAGCACUCUGGACAUGGCUUGCAUUAGUACAGGCUGUACAUCAGGCUGUAUGUGUCCCGAUGGUCUGGUGUCAGAUGGAGCCGGAGGCUGUGUCAAUGAAUCCAGCUGUCCGUGUCUACACAAUGGACAAGUUUACCAACCAGGGCAGACACUCACUGUGGACUGCAAUACUUGCUACUGCAGUGGUAGGAAGUUCACAUGUACCACCAACGUCUGUGACGCAGUUUGUGAAAUCUAUGGGGAUGGUCACUAUGUCACAUUCGAUGAUAAGAGGUUUGACUUCAGUGGACAGUGUGAAUACACCCUCAUCCAGAACUACUGUGGCACUGGUCAAGACGGGGGAACCUUCAGGAUAAUCACUGAAAAUGUUCCAUGUGGAACAACAGGAACUACCUGCUCGAAGACUAUCAAGAUAUUCGUGGGGGACAAUGAAUUCCAACUUAAAGAUGAGAGCUUCCAUGUAGUAAAGGGAAACAGCCAGGUGCUCCCUGCUCAGAUACAAAAGAUGGGUGUCUAUCUGGUGCUGACGAUCAUACCUGGAGUUGUGCUCAUGUGGGACCAGAAGACCAGUCUUUUCAUUAAACUCAGCCCAGAGUUCAAGGAACAAGUCUGCGGUCUGUGUGGAAACUAUGAUGGCAACAGUAGGAAUGAUUUCACCACACGCUCUCAGGAAACAGUGGCAGAUGUCUUAGCAUUUGGUAACAGCUGGAAGGUGUCAUCGAGCUGCCCCAAUGCCCAACUACUCAGUGAUCCUUGUACUGCCAACAGAUACCGGGCAGCUUGGUCCCAGAAACAGUGCAGCAUCAUUACUAGUAGCACUUUUCAGAGCUGUCAUUCACAGGUUGACCCAGGCCCAUACUUUGAUUCUUGUGUAAGAGACUCCUGUGCUUGUGACACUGGGGGGGAUUGUGAGUGUCUCUGCACAGCUGUGGCUGCUUAUGCCAAAGCUUGUAAUGAAGCUGGUGCCUGUGUAAAAUGGCGAACUCCAAAGCUGUGUCCUGUUUUCUGUGACUACUAUAACGCCCCUGGGGAAUGUGAGUGGCACUAUAAGCCUUGUGGAGCUGACUGCAUGAAGACAUGUAGAAAUCCAUCAGGAAAUUGUUCAAAUCUUAUUACUGCCCUAGAAGGCUGCUAUCCACAAUGCCCCUCCACACAUCCCUACUUUGAUGAAGACACUAUGACGUGUGUUGCCUGGGACCAGUGUGGUUGCUAUGAUGAAAAAGGCUCACAUUACAGCAUUGGUGAUGCGGUUCCAUCAAACAAUUGUUACACUUGCUCCUGUACAGUCUCCGGUAUAAGGUGCAACUACAACUUAACGUCCUGCAUGUGCUAUGUAAAUGGAACAACCUACAGAUAUGGGGACAUAAUCUACAAUACCACAGAUUUACUAACAAACUGUAUAACAGCAAAAUGUGGAAUCAAUGGGACAGUGACAAGGAGUGUGUACCCUUGUCAUACAACUGCAACACCCGGUACUACAACCCCUUUUACAUUUAGCAAAGCAACAACACAAUCUAAAGAAACAACUACCAGAUUAGAGGAAACAACACCAUCAGGAGCAACAACGUCACAGGCUGAGACAACUAGGCCACAAAAACAAGUCACCACUGGCCCAGUGACAUCAGCUACCACAGCAGUUGUAAAAACCACAUCUUCAGUACCAGUUGCCACAACAACAAGCUCAGGAACAUUUGGAGUAACAUCAGGGCCUUCUGUCACCACGACAACCACUGGAAUAACAGCAACUACAGGGGAAACUAUCAAAUCAGAGGAAACAACACCUUCAAGACCAACAACGUCACAGGUUGAGACAACAAGGCCACAAGAAGAAGAAACCACCGGCCCAGUGACAUCAGCUACUACAGCAGUUAUUGAAAGAACGACAUCAGUACCAGGUGCCACAACAACAAGCCCAGAAACAUCUGGUGUAACGUCGAAACCUUCUGUCAGCACGACAACCACUGGAAUAACAGCAACUACAGGAGAAGCUACCAAAUCAGAGGAAACAACACCAUCAAGGUCAACAACGUCACAGGUUGAGACAACUAAGCCGCAAAAGGAAGCAACCACUGGCCCAGUGACAUCAGCUACCACAGCAGUUGUUAAAACCACAUCUUCAGUACCAGUUGCCACAACAACAAGCUCAGGAACAUUUGGAGUAACAUCAGGGCCUUCUGUCACCACGACAACCACUGGAAUAACAGCAACUACAGGGGAAACUAUCAAAUCAGAGGAAACAACACCUUCAAGACCAACAACGUCACAGGUUGAGACAACAAGGCCACAAGAAGAAGAAACCACCGGCUCAGUGACAUCAGCUACUACAGCGGUUAUUGAAAGAACGACAUCAGUACCAGGUGCCACAACAACAAGCCCAGAAACAUCUGGUGUAACGUCGAAACCUUCUGUCAGCACGACAACCACUGGAAUAACAGCAACUACAGGAGAAGCUACCAAAUCAGAGGAAACAACACCAUCAAGGCCAACAACGUCACAGGUUGAGACAACUAAGCCGCAAAAGGAAGCAACCACUGGCCCAGUGACAUCAGCUACCACAGCAGUUGUUAACACCACAUCUUCAGUACCAGGUGCCACAACAACAAGGCCAGGAACGUCUCAUGUAACAUCACAACCUUCUGUCACCACGGCAACCACUGGAAAAACAGCAACUACAGGUGAAGCUACCAAAUCAGAGGAAACAACACAAUCAAGACCAACAACCUCACAGGUUGAGACAACAAGGCCACAAAAAGAAGCAACCACUGGCCGAGUGACAUCAGCAACCACAGCAGUUAUUGAAAGAACGACAUCAGUACCAGGUGCCACAAGAACAACAAGCCCAGAAACAUUUGGUGUAACGUCACACCCUUCUGUCACCACAACAACCACUGGAAUAACAGCAACUACAGGGGAAGCUACCAAAUCAGAGGAAACAACACCAUCAAGACUGACAACGUUAAAGGUUGAGACAACUAAGCCGCAAAAGGAAACAACAACUGGCCCAGGGACAUCAGCUACCACAGCAGUUAGUGAAAGAACGACAUCAGUACCAGGUGCCACAACAACAACAAGCCCAGGAACAUCUGGUGUCACGUCACAACCUUCUGCCACCAUGACAACAACUGGAAAAACAGCAACUACAGGUGAAGCUACCAAAUCAGAGGAAACAACACCAUCAAGACCAAUAACGUCACAGGUUGAGACAACUAAGCAACAAAAGGAAGCAACCACUGGCCCAGUGACAUCAGCUACCACAGCAGUUGUUAACACCAUAUCCCCAGUACCAGGUGCCACAACAACAAGCCCAGUAACAUCUCAUAUUUCAUCACAACCUUCUGUCACCACGGCAACCACUGGAAUAACGAUAACUACAGGCAAGACUGUUAAACCAGAGGAAACAACUCCAUCAAAAGAAACAACGUCACAGGUUGAGACAACUAGGCCACAAAAAGAAGCAACCACUGGCCCAGUGACAUCAGCUACCACAGCAGUUAUUGAAAGAACGACAUCAGUACCAGCUACCACGGCAGUUGUUAACACCACAUCUUCAGUACCAGGUGCCACAACAACAAGCCCAGGAACAUUUGGAGUAACAUCAGGGUAUUCUGUCACUAUGACAACCACUGGAAUAACAGCAACUACAGGGGAAACUAUCAAAUCAGAGGAAACAACACCAUCAAGACCAACAACGUCACAAGUUGAGACAACAAGGCCACAAAAAGAAGCAACCACUGGCCCAGUGACAUCAGCUACCACAGCAGUUAUUGAAAGAACGACAUCAGUACCAGGUGCCACAAGAACAACAAGCCCAGUAACAUCUCAUGUAUCAUCACAACCUUCUGUCACCACGACAACCACUGGAAUAACAGCAACUACUGGGAAAGCUACCAAAUCAGAGGAAACCACACCAUCAAGACCAACAACUUCAAUAGUUGAGACAACUAAGCCGCAAAAGGAAGCAACCACUGGCCCAUUGACAUCAGCUACCACAGCAGUUGUUAACACCACAUCUUCAGUACCAGGUUCCACAACAACAAGCCCAGGAACAUCUGGUGUAACAUCACAACCUUCUGUCACCACGGCAACCACUGGAAUAUUGCCAACUACAGGCAAGACUGUUAAACCAGAGGAAACAACUCCAUCAAAAGAAACAACGUCACAGGUUGAGACAACAAGGCCACAACAAGAAGCAACCACUGGCCCAGUAACAUCAACUACCACAGCUCUUAUUGAAAGAACUACAUCAGUACCAGGUGCCACAAGAACAACAAGCCCAGGAACAUCUGAUGUAACGUCACAACCUUCUGUCACCACGACAACCACUGGAAUAACAGCAACUACAGGAGAAGCUACCAAAUCAGAGGAAACAACACCAUCAAGACCAACAACGUCACAGGUUGAGACAACAAGGCCACAAAAAGAAGCAACCACUGGCCCAGUGACAUCAGCAACCACAGCAGUUAUUGAAAGAACGACAUCAGUACCAGGUGCCACAACAACAAGCCCAGGAACAUCUCAUGUAACAUCACAACCUUCUGUCACCACGGCAACCACUGGAAUAACGCCAACUACAGGCAAGACUGUUAAACCAGAGGAAACAACUCCAUCAAAAGAAACAACGUCACAGGUUGAGACAACUAGGCCACAAAAAGAAGCAACCACUGGCCCAGUGACAUCAGCUGCCACAGCAGUUAUUGAAACAACGACAUCCGUACCAGGUGCCACAAGAACAACAAGCCCAGGAACAUCUGGUGUGACAUCACAACCCAUUGCCACUACUACAACCACUAGAAUAACACCAACUACAGGAAAAACUACCAAAUUAGAGGAGACAACACCAUCAAGAGAAACAACGUCACAGGUUGAGACAACUAGGCCACAACAAGAAAAAACCACUGGCCCAGUGACAUCAGCUACCACAGCAGUUGUUAAAACCACAUCUUUAGUACCAGGUGCCACAACAACAAGCCCAGGAACAUCUGGUGUAACAUCAGGGCCUUCUGUCACCACGACAACCACCGGAAUAACAGCAACUACAGGGGAAACUAUCAAAUCAGAGGAAACAACACCAUCAAGACCAACAACAUCACAGGUUGAGACAACUAAGCCACAAAAAGAAGCAACCACUGGCUCAGUGACAUCAGCUACCACAGCAGUUGUUAAAACCACAUCUUCAGUACCAGGUGCUACAACAACAAGCCCACAAACAUCUGGUGUAACAUCACAGCCUUCUGUUACCAUGACAACCACUGGAAUAACACCAACUACAGGCAAAACUACAAAAACAGAGGAAACAACACAAUCAAGAGCAACAAAAUCACAGGUUGAGACAACAAGGCCACAAAAAGAAGAAACCACUGGCCCAGUGACAUCAGCUACUACAGCAGUUGUUAAAACCACAACUUCAGUACCAGGUGCCACAACAAGCCCAGGAACAUCUGGUGUAACAUCACAACCUUCUGUCACCACAACAACCACUGGAAUAACACUAACUACUGGCCAAACUGUUAAACCAGAGGAAACAACACAUUUAAGAGCAACAACGUCACAGGUUGAGACAACUAGGCCACAGAAAGAAGCAACCACUGGCCCAGUGACAUCAGCUACUACAGCAGUUGUUAAAACCACAACUUCAGUACCAGGUGCCACAACAAGCCCAGGAACAUCUGGUGUAACAUCACAACCUUCUGUCACCACAACAACCACUGGAAUAACACUAACUACUGGCCAAACUGUUAAACCAGAGGAAACAACACAUUUAAGAGCAACAACGUCACAGGUUGAGACAACUAGGCCACAGAAAGAAGCAACCACUGGCCCAGUGACAUCAGCUACUACAGCAGUUGUUAAAACCACAACUUCAAUACCAGGUGCCACAACAAGCCCAGGAACACCUGGUGUAACAUCACAACCUAUUGUCACUACUACAACCACUAGAAUAACACCACCUACAGGAAAAACUACCAAAUCAGAGGAGACAACACCAUCAAGAGAAACAACGUCACAGGUUAAGACAACAAGGCCACAAAAAGAAGAGACCACUGGCCCAGUGACAUCAGCUACUACAGCAGUUGUUAAAACAACAAGUUCAGUAACAGGUGCCACAACAACAAGCCCAGGAACAUCUGGUGUAACAUCACAACCUUCUGUCACCACAACAACCACUGGAAUAACACUAACUACUGGCCAAACUGUUAAACCAGAGGAAACAACACAUUUAAGAGCAACAACGUCACAGGUUGAGACAACUAGGCCACAGAAAGAAGCCACCACUGGCCCAGUGACAUCAGCUACUACAACAGUUGUUAAAACCACAACUUCAAUACCAGGUGCCACAACAAGCCCAGGAUCAUCUGGUGUAACAUUACAACCUAUUGUCACUACUACAACUACUGGAAUAACACCACCUACAGGAAAAACCACCAAAUCAGAGGAGACAACACCAUCAAGAGAAACAACGUCACAGGUUGAGACAACUAGGCCACAAAAAGAACAAACCACUGGCCCAAUGACGUCAGCUACCACAGCAGUUGUUAAAACCACAUCAUCAGUACCAGGUGCCACAACAACAAGCCCAGGAACAUCUGGUGUAACAUCAGGGCCUUCUGUCACCACGACAACCACCGGAAUAACAGCAACUCCAGGGAAAACUACCAAAUCAGAGGAAACAACACCAUCAAGACCAACAACAUCACAGGUUGAGACAACUAAGCCACAAAAAGAAGCAACCACUGGCUCAGUGACAUCAGCUACCACAGCAGUUGUUAAAACCACAUCUUCAGUACCAGGUGCUACAACAACAAGCCCACAAACAUCUGGUGUAACAUCACAGCCUACUGUUACCAUGACAACCACUGGAAUAACACCAACUACAGGCAAAACUACAAAAACAGAGGAAACAACACAAUCAAGAGCAACAAAAACACAGGUUGAGACAACAAGGCCACAAAAAGAAGAAACCACUGGCCCAGUGACAUCAGCUACUACAGCAGUUGUUAAAACCACAACUUCAGUACCAGGUGCCACAACAAGCCCAGGAACAUCUGGUGUGACAUCACAACCUAUUGCCACUACUACAACCACUGGAAUAACACCAACUACAGGCAAAACUACGAAAUCUGAGGAAACAACACCAUCAAGAGCAACAACGUCACAAGUUGAGACAACUAGGCCACAGAAAGAAGCAACCACUGGCCCAGUGACAUCAGCUACUACAGCAGUUGUUAAAACCACAUUUUCAGUACCAGGUGCCACAACAAGCCCAGGAACAUCUGGUGUGACAUCACAACCUAUUGCCACUACUACAACCCCUGGAAUAACACCAACUACAGGCAAAACUACGAAACCUGAGGAAACAACACCCUCAAGAGCAACAACGUCACAAGUUGAGACAACUAGGCCACAGAAAGAAGCAACCACUGGCCCAGUGACAUCAGCUACUACAGCAGUUGUUAAAACGACAACCUCAGUACCAGGUGCCACAACAACAAGCCCAGGGACAUAUGGUGUAACAUCACAACCUUCUAUCACCACGACAACCACUGGAAUAACUCCAACUAAAGGCAAAAGUACCAAACCAGAGGAAACAACACCAUCAAGACCAACAAUGUCACAGGUUGAGACAACUAGGCCACAAAAAGAACAAACCACUGGCCCAAUGACAUCAGCUACUACAACUGUUGUUAAAACCACAACUUCAGUACCAGGUGCCACAACAACAAGCCCAGGAACAUCUGGUGUAACAUCACAACCUUCUGUCACCACAACAACCACUGAAAUAACACCAGCUACAUAUAAAACUACCCAAUCAGAGGAACCAACACCAUCAAGAGCAACAACGUCACAGAUUGAGACAACUAAGCCACAAAAAGGAGCCACCACUGGCCCAGUGACUUCAGCUACCACAACUGUUAUUGAAACCACAACAUCAGUAACACAUUCCACAAAAAGAAGCCCAGGAACAUCUGGUGUAACAUCACAGCCUUCUGUCACUACGACAACCACUGAAAUAACACCAAUUACAGGAAAAACAACCAAAUCAGACAAAACAACACCAUCUAGAAAAACAACGUCACAAGUUGAGACAACUAAGCCACAAAAAGAAGCCACCACUAGUCCUUCUGUCACUACGACGACCACUGGAAUAACUCUAACUAAAGGGAAAACUACCAAAUCAGAGAAAACAACACCAUCAAGACCAACAACGUCACAGGUUGAGACAACUAGGCCACAAAAAGAAGUCACUACUGGCCCAGUUACAUCAGCUACCACAGCAGUUAUUAAAACGACGUCAGUACCAGCUGCCACAAGAACAACAAGCCACGGAACAUCUUGUGUAACAUCACAACCUUCUGUCACAACGAAAAUCACUGGAAUGACACCAACUACAGGGAAAACUACCAAAUCAGAGAAAACAACACGAUCAAGAGCAACAACGUCACAGCUUGUCACAACAACAAAGCCAAAAACAACAACAACUUCUGAAAUUACUGGACCACAUCAGUCGUCAACUGCAAUUACAAACUCUGCAAUCUUGAACACAACUAUGAAUGUGAUAACUGAAAUUACGUCUAUAGGUACAACUUCUAUUCGUCCAAUAACGCAGACAUUGCCUCCUAGAACGACUGUUUACGGAAUUCAUACUACGACUUUCAAACCAACCAGAAUACCCACACAGUCAGUGUUCACCACAACUACAGCUUCAUGUGAUUGUUCUGUAAAUGGAACAUCAUACCAGCCUGGAGACUUGGUUUACAAUGUCACUGAUGGAUUAGGGUGGUGCUAUGUUGCACUGUGCAAUGCCUCUUGUGAUGUUGUAACACACUCUAGUGCAUGUCCCACGCCAGUACCCAGCACAACACUACAUUCUACUACUGCAGCAGUCGGCUCCACAAUAUCAAGCUCAGUCACUACCACCUCAGGGAUCUCUACUUCUACUUCCAAUUCUUCAACAGUACUAUCUACAACUAUUGUAGACUGUAAUGAUGUAUAUCCACCAAGAAAGAACGGGGAAAGUUGGAAGUUAAGCAACUGUACAUCAGCUACUUGCAUCAAUGGAAGGAUCACAAAGACAAGAAAUCCUUGUCCAACACCACAAGAACCAAUUUGCAGCAAUGGACGUAAAGUUGCCAAGGUUUAUGAUGAUGACAGAUGCUGCUUUCACUAUGAAUGUGAAUGUGUGUGCAGCGUCUGGGGUGGAUCCCAUUACAUGACAUUUGAUGGACAAUCAUACAGCUUCAAUGAGAACUGCUCUUACUACCUGGUCAAGGAAAUUAUUGCCAAAUAUAAUCUGACUAUUAUAGUAAAUAACCAUAACUGUGAUCCUUCAGACAGCACCUUCUGCCCCAAAACUCUCACUGUUACGUACCAGUCUUACACUGUAGUUUUUACCCAACUGAAGACUUCAGGAACAGCAUCUAAUGUGGUGUACGUAAACCAGAAACGGAUCUAUCCUGCCUACAGCAAUUCUCUUCUUCAACUCACCAGCACAGAUAUGCUGAUCAUGUUGGAAAUACCAACACUGGGCGUUAAAGUGGUCUACAGGAGCUCAUCAUUUAGUAUUGACCUUCCCUUUACUCUUUUUGGUGGGAACACAGAGGGACAAUGUGGAACGUGUGACAACUCCCAGACCAAUGAUUGCCGUUCUCCCAAUGGCCAGGUGGAAAGCUGCAGUAACUCUGCACAUCAGUGGCAAGUCCCAGAUACAUCCUGCGUCAUCGCUACAACCUCACCAACUACGACAACACCCAGGAUCACUUCAACACCAUACUCAACAACCCAGCCCACAUGCAAACCCGCUAUCUGUGAUCUCCUAACCACCAGUGUAUUUGCACGGUGCCAUGCAAUCAUACCCCCUGGACCCUUUGUGUCGACCUGCACAUCAGAUAUUUGUAGCAAUAGUAAUGAUACCUGCUCCAGCCUUGAGGCCUAUGCCACUGAAUGUUCUAAUGCAGGCGUUUGCAUCAACUGGAGAAAUGCUACAAAUGGCCAGUGUGAUCACAAGUGUCCAGGCAACAAAGUGUAUAUGGCUUGCGGUGCCCCUGUAGAGCCCACAUGCAGCUACAGGUACAAUAAUAAGUUUGAGGGAGAUAAGACCAACUACACAAUGGAGGGUUGCUUCUGUCCUCAUGGCACCACCUUGUUUAACCCAGUCUUUGGCACGUGUGUUACCUCCUGUGACUGCGUUGGACCUGAUGGGAAACCAAAACAGCCUGGUGAAACAUGGAAAAGUGACUGCAACACUUGUGUAUGUGACCAUGAUUCUAUGAGCAUCCAGUGUCAACCCGUUCAGUGCCCAUCAGUGCAGAGCCCUAUCUGCAACAAGCCCUUCCAGCUGGUCAACAAGACCGAUGGCUGCUGCAUAACACAGGCCUGUGAAUGCAAUACAAAUCUGUGUCCACCACUGGUCAACUGUCCACUGGGCUUCAGUCUCAAUGCCACCAACAGCACUUGCUGCCAAUCCUUUGAGUGUGUUCCUAAGGGAGUAUGUGUCUAUGAUAUGACCGAAUACAAGCCUGGUGCCAGGAUACCAACACCACAAACAUCGUUUGAAGCACCAUUAGAAGCACCAGAAGAACCGUCCAUAGAAUCAACUGCUCCAACAUCUGGGCCAGCAGAACCAUCAGGGAAGACAACAAUGCCAGCCUUCAAACCUGGGCCUUGCCAGGAUUGUUUCUGUGGCCUGAAAAUGGAUCCUGUCACCAAACUGAAUAUCAUCAACUGCAAUCCUGUUGUCUGCAACACAAACUGUUCCGAAGGGUUUGAAUAUGAGACUGGAUCUGACCAAUGCUGUGGGACCUGUGUUCAGAAGAGCUGCAUAUUCACCACAUCUGACAACACAACACACACUGUUACGAUCAACAACACAUUUGUGCCCUCUAGCAACAAGUGUGUACAAUAUACCUGUGAGAAGAUAAAUGGAGUCUUUUUUACCAAGGAGACCAAAACCAGUUGUCCUCCUUUUAAUCCCCUGGACUGUGAACCUGGCACGGAGACAACAGACACAGAUGGAUGCUGUAAAACUUGUAAGAUACAGAGUGUCUGUGAAGUCCAGAGUAGACAGUCAAUCAUUGAAGUGAAUGGCUGUACCAGCAUACUCACAGUCAACCUGACGUCCUGUGCUGGACACUGUGGCAGCGCAUCCAUAUAUUCUGCAGCAGCUAAUAUGAUGAUGCACCAGUGUGAGUGUUGCCAAGAGGACAACACCAGUCAGAAGCAGGUGGAACUGGUCUGUCCUGAUGGCUCUAAGCUCCAGCACAGCUACACCGUGGUGAAGACAUGCAGCUGCAGCAAAUCAGACUGCACAAUGGGAACAACACUUAAACCACAACGCUGAAGACGUGAAGGCGUGAAGACGCUGACCAAUUAAACCUAAAACCGACAGACACUGUAAAACCUCAACCUAGAACUCUUUAAUCUUGUCAGGUUUCAUAUCCCAACCUGUAUCUUCCACUGUGGUAUGUUACUUUGAUAUAAACUUUCUUCAGCUUAGUAUUUCUUGGAUAGCAAUUAUUAAAAUUAUAUUCCUGCAGUACAAA